GUAAUAAUGGCAUCUGGAAGUGGUCGCGGAAGAGGCCGUGGUUCAGGAUCGAACAACAGUGGAGGACAAAAUCAGAAGUAUCUGGGAACUAUCCAACCCGAUCUCUUCAUUCGUCAGCAAGGAGAACCGAAAACUGGAAACUCGGGCCAACCAUCAAAAUGAUUUGCAAACUUCAUCCCGAUUGAGAUGAUUCAGAACGACUACAGUAUCUACCAGUACCACGUCGAAUUUGAGCCCACUGUGGAUUCGAAGGCGACCAGGGAAAAUAUGCUGCGACAACCAAGCGUUACCGUGGAAAUCGGGAAACAUUUUGUUUUCGACGGAAUGAUUCUCUAUCUGAAGGAGGAGUGGGAUCAGAAUCAAAUGAUCGAGGUUCAACACCCUAAUGAUAACUCGCUGAUUUGCAUUCGAUUCAAGAAAACGAACCGUUUCCUUGUCGAUGAUCCACAAACCAUCAACAUCUUCAAUACGAUCAUUCGUCGAAGCUUCGAUGCGAUGAAGCUAACACAAAUUGGUCGCAACUACUUCGACUGGGACAAUUCUCGUGCAGUGCCGGAUUAUAAUAUGAGUAUUCUGCCUGGGUAUGAGACGGCGAUCCGCAUGUAUGAGGAUAAUCUCAUGCUCUGCGUCGAAAAUCGUUUCAAGAUGGUCCGCGAAGAUUCAAUGCUCAUUCUUCUAAGUGCUGGGAUAUAAUUCGGAAAACAAUUGUUUUUUGCAGCUUCGAAAGGAACUUCGCUCUUGUCAGAACAAUCGGCAACGCGUUCAGGAGAAAAUGAAUGAGGUGUACGGUGGUAGCACAAUAAUUACUCGAUACAACAACAAGCUGCACCGUUUCACUAGGCUCGAUAACGAAAUCACCCCUCUCAGUAAAUUCCAGAAAGAUGGAGAACAAAUCAUCCUAAAAGAGUACUUCAAGAAUCAAUACGAUAUUGAUAUCACCGAUGACGAGCAAUUCAUCAUCAUCUCCGAAGGAAAACCAAAGCAACCAGGAGAGCCUCCACAGGUCAAUUAUAUCGUUCCUGAAUUGUGCUUCCCGACUGGACUGACGGAUGAGAUGCGCAAGGACUUCAAGAUGAUGAAGGAAAUUGCAAAGCACACUCGUAUGUCUCCACAGCAAAGACUUGACGAGACAAGAAAACUGAUUACCAAGUUGAGUCAAAACCAAACGAUGAUGGAGUGCUUCCAGUACUGGGGGAUUUCUCUCGGACAAGAUCUUGCGAAUGUUCAAGCUAGAGUAUUGAAGUCUGAACCUCUCCAAGGAAAGAGACAAUACGAAGGAAAGCAAGCAGAGUGGGCUCGCGGUGUCAAGGAAUGUGGCAUUUAUCGUGGUUCCAACAUGACCAACUGGAUUGUGAUUGGACCUGGUUCGGGGAAUUCAGGACUGCUGGCGCAGAAGUUCAUUGCGGAGGCUCGUAAUCUUGGUAGGACACUUCAAGUGCAGCUAGGAGAGCCAAUGUGUGUCAAAAUAAAUGGCAUCUCUCCCAACGAUUACUUGGAAGGAUUGAAGGCUGCCAUCAAGAGUGUCGAUGGGGAGGAAAUUCAUAUGCUCGUCGUGAUGCUGGCUGACGACAAUAAGACGAGAUAUGACAGUCUGAAGAAGUAUCUCUGCGUCGAGUGUCCCAUUCCCAAUCAAUGCGUGAAUUUGCGCACGUUGGCUGGAAAGUCCAAGGAUGGAGGAGAGAACAAAAACUUGGGUUCUAUUGUUCUGAAGAUUGUUCUUCAAAUGAUCUGCAAGACUGGUGGAGCUCUAUGGAAAGUUAAUAUUCCGCUCAAGAGCACAAUGAUCGUCGGAUACGAUCUGUACCACGAUUCGACGUUGAAGGGAAAAACUGUCGGUGCUUGCGUAUCUACAACUUCCAACGACUUCACGCAAUUCUAUUCUCAAACAAGACCUCAUGAGAAUCCAACGCAGCUUGGAAACAAUUUGACCCACUUCGUCCGAAAGUCUCUGAAGCAGUAUUACGACAAUAACGAUAAAACUUUGCCGAGCCGAUUGAUUCUCUACAGAGAUGGUGCUGGAGACGGACAAAUUCCGUAUAUUAAGAACACCGAAGUCAAGUUGGUCCGUGACGCUUGCGAUGCCGUGACCGACAAAGCUGCGGAGCUGAGCAACAAAGUUCAAGAGAAGAUCAAACUGGCAUUCAUCAUUGUCACGAAACGUGUGAAUAUGCGUAUUCUCAAGCAAGGAUCGUCGUCUAAAAGUGCCAUCAAUCCGCAACCAGGAACCGUCGUCGACACAACUGUCACUCGCCCAGAGAGAAUGGACUUCUACUUGGUUCCGCAGUUUGUCAACCAGGGAACUGUAACACCCGUGUCCUACAAUAUCAUCCACGAUGAUACUGGUCUUGGUCCGGACAAGCAUCAACAGCUUGCAUUCAAAUUGUGUCAUCUCUACUACAACUGGCAAGGAACUGUUCGUGUUCCAGCUCCGUGUCAAUAUGCCCACAAACUUGCUUUCUUGACAGCCCAAUCACUUCACGAUGAUGCAAAUGGGUACCUCCGUGACAAGCUGUUCUUCUUGUAAAA